GGUUUAGUCCGACCCACUCAUAAUUCACACACCUGCGAAACAUUUGACGAGCGCAUUCCCACACUCUAACCUCGUUUCGUCACCGUUUAAUCUCAAACACCACUGAUUUAAAGUGAUUUUUGUGGUUAAUUUCCAGUUUGUUUUAUGGCGUGCUGUGAAUUGCGUUGUUCGGACUGGGGGCGUGUCUCCAAGCGUGAGCUGUAGGACUCAUUUCUUCCCAUCUUAUAUUCUUACUCAGUGACACUUUUAACAAGGAUCUAUAAUAAUUUAGUCAAGCAGAUGCACCGAUCUCGGUGGUCUAGUACGCAGACUGUCAGAACAUGCGCGCUCUUUUCUUUCUCUGUGAGGGGUUUCAGCAGUAGCAGCGUGUUCUCGGUUCCCCUUUCUGUUGAAGCUGAACGGGCCCGUUUCAUCUCACAAUAACCUGAAACAUGGAGCACGCCGGCUGCGUCAACAUCUGCAGUCUCACCAGCACCUUACCGGUGAUCCCGUAUCGGAAACUAACGGACCUGCACUUCAUCAGUAAAGGAGGCUUCGGGACGGUGUUCAGGGCGCUGCACAGCGACUGGCGCACCACCGUGGCCAUCAAGUGCUUGAAACUGGAUUCUCCGGUUGGUGAGAGGGAAAGGAAUUGUUUAUUGAAGGAAGCUGAGGUGCUUCACAAAGCUCGAUUUAACUACAUCAUCCAGAUCUUUGGGGUGUGUAACGAGCCUGAGUUCUUCUGCAUUGUGACUGAGUACAUGACCAACGGUUCACUGGAUGAGAUCCUACAUGAGAAAGAUAUGUACCCAAUGGUGGCCUGGCCAUUGAGGCUUCGGUUUCUUUAUGAGAUCGCUCUAGGGGUCAACUUCCUCCACAAUAUGACACCACCCCUUCUGCACCAUGAUCUCAAAACUCAGAACAUCCUGAUGGAUGGGGAGUACCAUGCAAAGAUAGCAGAUUUUGGCUUGUCUAAAUGGCGUCAGCUCUCAAUCACUAAAGGGUCCGGCUCCAAACCUGCCGAAAUGGGAGGCACGGUCAUCUAUAUGCCACCUGAGGAGUACGAACCUUCCAAGAACCGCAGAACAGAUGUCAAAUAUGACAUGUACAGUUACGCCAUCAUCAUGUGGGAAGUGCUUUCGAGACGGAUACCAUUUGAAGACGCCACCAAUCCCAUGCAGAUCAUGUUCAGCGUCCUCCGAGGAUCUCGGCCCGACACAGGCCUGGACAGUCUGCCGGCGGACAUUCCCAGUCGAGAGACCCUCAUUAACCUCAUGACCUGCGGCUGGACCGCCAACCCAGACGAACGCCCCUCCUUUCUCAGUUGUCUUAUUGAACUGGAGCCCAUGUUGAGAAGAUUUGAUGAGAUUGAUGUCUUGGAAGCGGUGUUGGAAGUCAAACGAACAAAGUAUAUGAGGCCAUCAAGUGGUUGCUCAACAACUCAAACAAAUGGGAAAAGAGUUGAGGAAAAGAGUGUGAAGGAACAAAACGUCCCUUGGCCAGACAACAGUUCCACAUCUGGAUCAGGCUCUUGCUCUUCCCAGGAAGCAGAAUUCUCCCAUCCGGGCUUUCUUACCAUAUCAAAUCCCUCUCAAGGUGUGUCAGGUGCUCAGGCUGGUCCGCAGUCAUCUUUAAUGUCCCUUCCACUUGAUCCUCCAAAACCUCUUAUGGACCACUGCUCUCGAAACAACCUCAGUGCUGAAAACCCGACGGCACAGGCCGUGUCCGACCUCAACAUACCUUUUAAACCACAUGCGCCUCAAAGUGAAAGUGAUCUGGCUCUUGUCAUACAACCCCUCACUCUGCAGACAUACCCACAAGAUUUUGUCACAGCAUUGGACUUUCAAGGACCGGCGGCUCGCUGGAUCGCUGCUCGAAGGGAGGAGGUUGUGCGGCAGAUGACGGAGGCGUGUCUCAAUCAGAGUUUAGACGCUCUGUUGUCUCGUGAGCUGCUGAUGCGCGAGGACUACGAACUGGUCGUGAACCAAGCCACACGUACCGCCAAAGUGCGGAAGCUUCUGGACACGUGCGAGCGGCACAGCGAGGAGUUCUGCCGUGUGGUGGUGAGGAAGCUCCAGGACAAUAAACAGAUGGGACUGAAGCCCUUCCCUGAACUCAGCACCACCAGCCCUCCUCCACCUCCACCGUAUACCGCCCCCUUCAUCACAAACUCCUUCAACAACACACAAAACUUCUGACCGUCUCCCAGCUCCCAAUCACUGCUCUUGAACCGGAGCUCUGUGAGUCCUCCUUUCAGUUAAGGAUGGUUCCUGUUCACACGCUCUUGCAUUUGUUUGUGCUGCUUGGCCGAUACUUUGUGUGCCUGGA